AAAAAAACUUGGAAGAAACUCAAACUAGAAUGGUAAACCAACAAAAAGAAAUUGAUAAAUUAACCACUUACUUAAAAAAUAGCGGGCUAAUUAGCGGUGAAUUAACUUCCGGGAUAGUUUGCUUAGAUGUAGUAGUUAAAAACAUGGCUAAUGAACUAGCCGAAGUUAAAACAGCGAACCUUGAAUUACAAAAUAAUUUGGCGGAAAAAACUGGGGCUAAUGCUACCCAAUUAACUCAAAUAACUAAUCUUCAAAAAGAAUUAGAGCAAUUGGAAACAACUUCUCAACUUUAUUAUCAGACUAACGAGGCGGAAAAACAACAAUUACGCCAACAAAUUAGCCAGGAGCAACAAAAUACUACGGCCAAAGAGCGAGAUAUUGAGCAACUAGCACGAGAAAAAAACCAAUUAGAUAAUCUUAUUAAAAUUAAAGAGGAGGAAUUAAAAGCCUUACAAGAACAAUUAAGGCUAACGAACCUUAAUAAUGUCCGCCAAAUUGCUAAUCUUAACUCUCAAAUUAAUACUCUACAAGCCGAAAUAGAAAACUUAACCGAAACAAGCGAACAAAUUAGGCUUAAAUUACUAGAAUUAACCGGCAAUUUUAGCAAAGAAAGAAUAAUUGCCCACUCUUACCGCGGACAACGCGACCAAGAAAGGAAGCAAGCUAAAACUGACCAAACUAAUUUUAUUAACCAAAUCCGGGAAUUAAAAGCCAUUAAUCAGCAAAAGCAAGAAGCAAUUGAAGAGUUAGAAAAUGACCAAGUCAUUAAAGAUGAAACCCUUAAUUUACAAGAACAAACUAUUAACGCUUUAAGAGAGAAUUUAAAUAAUUCAGCUAGCGAAAUAAUUACUCACUGCGAGCGAGUGGAGGAAUUAGAUAAUUUAUUAAGUGAUAAAACUAACCAAUUAGCCCAAGUUGAUAACGAACUAACCGCCACUAAUAAUCAAAUCACCAACCUAGAAAGCCAAUUAAACGAAUUAGAAAGCAUUGCUGAAAGCUACUAUCAAACUAAUUCUAAGCAAAAUAAUAAACAAAGCAAAAAGAUAGCCAAGUUAAAAGCCAAAUUAACCCAAGCCUGGGCUAAUAAACAGCAUAAUAUUUUAAGGAUAAAUAGUUUAAAUAAUAAAAUAAAUAAUCCGCCACUUCAUUCUUGCUCCCCUUGUCCUUUAAUUCACCUUCCCGAGCCUCAUAUUUGCCCUAUUAUUAAUAAAAUAGAUUGUUCUCAUACUGAUUACGACACUAUAAAACAAGAACGCGACCAAUAUCAGCAAGAAUUAACCAAUCAAGCCCACGAAUUUAUUCAAAGGUUAAAUACUACUUUUAAUUUAAAUUUAACUGAAAACGAUAUAAACUUGGAUAAA